UUUAUUGCCAUCUUACCCAUCAUCUAUACCCACCAAAUACUCAAAAUCCACAACUUAUACCCACAAUGCCAAUCACCAGAGCCAGCUCAAAACAACAAAAACAACAACAAUUUGAAAUCGUAGAGGGCCCUGGUUUUAUAGUCGAAAAAAGAAAGAGAAAAACACGAUCUAAUAACUCCUCCACAAACGAGUCUUCAUCAAAUGAUUCCUCAAGAUCUUCCAUUAGAUCACUAAGACCAAUUAAAGUUCUUUCGUCUCCAAUUACAUCCUCAUCCUCAUCUUCAUCUCCAUCCAAACCAAUCUCAAAACCACAAUCACAAUUAAAAAAAGAACCAAAACCAAAACCAAAACUGAUUUCAAAUACCAAGUCGCAAAAACCAUCUAAUGAUUUACCCAACUUAAACGAUUCAAUGGAUUCAAAUCAGCCAAAAUUAUUACGAACAUUAAGAUCAAAUAAAAAUAAACCAACCAUUUAUAAUCUCGAUUCUGAUUCUGAUUCUGAUCUCGGUUCUAGUUCGGCACUAAAAAAACUUCCAAAUUCAAUUCCAGAUUCAAGUUCAAAUCAUCAUUUAAAAUUGGAGUCUAAUGACAAUCUUGAUAAAAAUUCAGAUUUGGAAAAUACUGAUACAAUCACUAAAAAAAGAAAAUUAAAUCCUCCAAUUCCAACUCCAGCUUCGAUUCCAACUUUAACUUCAACUUCAAAGAUAAAUUCAAAUUAUCAUUCCAAAUCUGAUUCUGAUUCUGAUUCUGAUUCUAAUUCUAAUUCUAAUUCCAAUUUUAAUUCUAAGUUAAUAACAUUCUUUAAUUCAAAAUCAAAAUCAAAAUCAAAAUCAAAAUCAAAAUCAAAUUUUGAUUCCGAAUCCGAAUCCGUUUCGUACUCUGAUUACAAAGCUUCUAACGAUUCCGAAUCCUAUUCCGAUUCCGAUUACGAGCCUUAUUCAAAUCCUUUUUUAAAAAAAUAUAAAAUUAAAAAACCUAUUGUAAAAACUCCUUUACCCAAAGAUUUUGGCAACGGAUCAAAAAAAGAUAAAGCAACAAUUGGUUUUCUUAACAGUUUAGAUGAUGAGAAUGAAGAUAAGGACAAAAAUGAAAAUGAAAAUGAAAAUGAAAAUACGGAAAAGAAAGCCCUUGCUCGUAACUAUCCUAGAAGACUUAAAAAACCAGAUAGAAAAUUAACCUAUUAUGAAAGAACAACCAAAAAAUUGUACGAGCUUCACCCUGAAUUAAAAAACGUCUUUAAAAAAUUGGAAGAUUUCAAAACAAUUAAAAAUGUCAAAGCAAAUCAGCCCCCUGGUUUAAAUAUUCAAUUGUUACCAUUUCAAUUAGAAGGUUUAAACUGGCUAUUAAAUCAAGAAAAGUCUCUAUUUAAUGGUGGAAUCCUAGCCGAUGAAAUGGGUAUGGGUAAAACAGUUCAAACCAUUGCUCUAUUAUUAUCCGAUAAAACUAAAAAACCAAAUUUGGUUGUUGCUCCAGCUGUAGCAAUAAUUCAAUGGAAAAAUGAAAUUAAUCAACAUACUAACAACGCCUUAAAAAUUGAAUUAUUUCAUGGUGCUACAAGAAACAAUAAUGUGAAUCAUUUAAAGUCUUGUGAUGUCAUUCUAACAACUUAUUCUGUUCUAGAAUCUGUCUAUAGAAAACAAGAAAAGGGUUUUAGAAGAAAUCAUUUUCUCGUCAAAGAAAAAUCUCCUUUACACUCAAUUCUUUUUUAUAGAAUCAUUCUAGAUGAAGCUCAUAAUAUUAAAGAUCGUAACUCAAAUACCUCAAAAUCAGCAAACGCUUUAAUGGCCGAAAAAAGAUGGUGUCUCUCAGGUACUCCUCUACAAAAUAGAAUUGGUGAAAUGUAUUCUUUGAUUCGUUUUCUAAAAAUCAAUCCCUUUUCCAAUUAUUAUUGUCUUUCUUGUGAUUGCUCUUCAAAAACUUGGAUUAUGGUUGAAAAACAUUGUGAAAUUUGUGGUCACCAUCCAAUGAGACAUCGUAAUUAUUUCAACCAUUUCAUGUUGCAUAACGUUGUUAAAUUUGGUAUUCAAGGUGAUGGUCUAAGAGAUUUUAAAUACAUGCAAUGCCUCUUAAAAAACAUCAUGUUAAGAAGAACUAAAAUCGAAAGAGCAAGUGAUUUAGGUUUACCUCCAAGAAUCGUUGAAAUUAGAAGAGAUCUAUUUAAUGAAGAAGAAAAAGAUCUUUAUCGGUCGUUAUACACUGAUUCAAAAAGACAAUUUAACUCAUAUGUUAAUGAGGGUGUGGUCUUAAAUAAUUAUGCCAACAUCUUCACUUUAAUCACAAGGAUGAGGCAAUUAGCUGAUCAUCCUGAUUUGGUUCUAAGAAAAGUACCAAACUCGGCAACAACCAAUAAAUCAGAUAAUGACAAAGUUAUCAAGGCUCUAAAGUUUCGAUUUCAAAAUUUGGUUUGUCAAUUAUGUGACGAUCAAGCUGAAGAUGCAAUCGAAUCAAAAUGCCAUCAUAAAUUUUGCAGAUUAUGUAUCAAAGAAUAUAUCGAAAGUUUUACUGGUGAAGAAAAGGAUUUGCAAUGCCCUGUGUGUCAUAUUGCUUUGGCUAUUGAUUUAUCCCAAUCUCCAAUAGAGGUAGAUGAAAAUGUCUUAAAGAAAUCUAACAUUGUUAAUAGAAUCAAUUUGGCUGAUGAAUGGAGAUCUUCAACUAAAAUCGAGGCUCUAGUUGAAGAAUUGUAUAAUUUAAGAAAUGAUAGACAAACAAUUAAAUCAAUUGUUUUUUCUCAGUUUACUAGUAUGUUAGAUUUAGUUGAGUGGAGAUUGAAAAGAGCUGGUUUUGAAACUAUCAAACUUCAAGGUUCAAUGAGCCCAACUCAAAGAGAUAGCUCUAUUAAAUACUUUAUGGAAAACAUUAAUGUUGAGGUGUUCUUAGUAUCCAUCAAAGCUGGUGGUGUUGCACUUAAUUUAUGUGAGGCAUCUCAAGUUUUCAUAUUGGAUCCAUGGUGGAACCCUUCAGUAGAAUUUCAAUCUGGUGAUAGAGUUCACAGAAUUGGUCAACAUAGACCUGUAAAGAUUACCAGAUUUUGUAUUCAAGAUAGCAUUGAAUCAAAAAUUAUCGAAUUACAAGAAAAGAAAUCAAAUAUGAUCAAUGCCACAAUUGAUCAGGACGAAGGAUCUACCAACAGAUUAACGACAGAAGACCUUCAGUUUCUUUUUUCCUUUUAGAUUUAUUUUUUUAUUUUUUUAUUUUUUUAUUAAUUUUAUUAGAAUAGAAUUGGUUGCUUUUAUUUGAAACAAUCCAAAUUUAACACUUGCAAAUCGAUACCC